UCUCCUUCCUUGUCACUAUUUUUGCGUUUUCAGAGGGAUCAGAGUGUCAGACAUGGCAGGUAGGUAUAACUUUUUCAACGCUGGUAGCGGUGUGAGAUCAAUCAGAGGCGAAGAAUUUGAAGAAGAAGAUGUUUGGUCGGUUGCUAUGGACAUAAACAACUUUACUGGCAAGGUUAGAAAACCCAAACUGGAAAAGUCCUCUGUUUCUUCUAGUCCAACUGUAAGACGCCUACCAAGUGCUUCAAGAAUGAUCCCAAAGACUAACAAUUCAUCGGAGUCUCAGGAGGCCAAGGUUAUGCAGCAAUAUUCAGCACCUGUGAACAUACCAGACUGGUCUAAAAUCUAUCGGAAGAAUCCAAAGAAGGAAGCCGAUGAUAGCUUUGGGUAUGGUGGAUCUACUGUACGUUAUGGUGGGGGAUUUGAAGGAAUUAAUGGUGAUAGUGAUGAUGCUAAUGAUGAUCAUGAAGAUCUUAUCCCACCCCAUGAAUGGAUAGCUAAGAAGCUGGCAAUGACUCAGAUUUCUUCUUUCUCUGUGUGUGAAGGUGUUGGGAGGACACUGAAAGGGAGAGAUCUCAGCAAAGUAAGGGAUGCUGUUCUUACCCGAACUGGCUUCAUAGAAUAACAACCCACCUUCAGUUUAUUUCAUGGCAUGCAUUGGUUUACUUCAUUUUACUUUCUUUCUUUUUUGGGUUUUUCAUGAUCAUAUCUGGAUUAAAAUAAGGAAUAAGAAACAAAGAAAAAAGAUUGUGCAAGUGGAAGCACUGUAGAGUUGAGAGAUUUGGGAUCUUGGGUGGAAGAUUUGUAAUGGUUGUCACUUGUCAGUGAUUUAUUGUUGUGUAUGAUGGGGAGGUAGGUAGCCCCUGAAAUUUUGUUUUCGCCAUUUAUAAAUUUGAUGAACCUUUGGCUU